AUGGCAUUGUACAGAAGAUCAAAACUCUGUUUUGAUGCCAUAUUCAGUUGCUACAACGUGCCCAAAACACGAGAUCCGGUUUCAUUAGCUAUUUCUAAGCACAACAAUAUUAGAUAUUUCACUAAGUGUACAUAUAGUACAAACUGCCCUCUUAAAGUUUCUGCUAGAAAAUCUUUAUUUUCACCACGGGUAACAAUCGAUAGGAGCUUACGUUUUCAAUCUUUUGGUAGUGGUUAUCGAUCAUAUUACACUCGUGCACAAUUUGAACGAUGGCUUAGGGACCCUGAAAAUUUUUGGACAAUUGUAGCAUUUGCAGUAUCAGGAAUUGGUGCAACCAUUUAUUUUGGGACGGAAACUAUACCUUAUACAAAACGUAAGCAUAUUAUUUUAUUACCAAAAGUUUUAGAAAGAUGGUUAGGCGUGUUUGUGUUUGUACGGAUGAAGGGUGAAUAUAUACUUAGGAGAAAACUUUUGCCUGAAACGCACCCGGAUAGUAUUAGGGUGAAAAAAAUUGCAAAUGAUAUACUGGAGGCAUUGCAACGAGAGUUGAAGCAAAAAGAAAAAGAACUUUUGACAGAUUUGAAUAAUGAAAAAUCGGGUGAGUUUCUUGAUGUUAAGUGCGUGGAUCAAAGUUGUAGAAUGAAAGGGAACGAUAAUAACGUUGCGAUUGAGCAUCUUGAAGGAUUGAAUUGGGAGAUUUUGGUUGUGGAUGAUAAAAUGAUAAAUGCUUUUUGUGUACCUGGUGGGAAGAUUGUUGUGUUUACAGGGUUACUAAAACAUUUCACAACUGAUGAUGAGAUUGCUACCAUCAUUGGUCACGAGGUUGCACAUGCUGUGGCAAGACAUUCAGCAGAGACGAUUACAAAGUCCAUCUGGCUUAUAUUCGGGCAGCUACUUUUAGCGGAUUAUGUUAAGCCAGAUCAGGCCAGAACGAUAUCACACCUUCUUUUUGAGCUUCCUUUCUCCCGUAGGAUGGAGAUUGAAGCUGAUCACAUAGGGCUGUUGUUAAUGGCUUCUGCUGGGUACGAUCCACGGAUUGCACCAAAGGUAUAUGAGAAAUUGGGUAAAGUAGCAGGUGAUUUAGGAUUUCUAGAUUACCUUUCUACACAUCCAUCAGCCAAGAAAAGAUGUAAAUUGCUAUCUGAAGCCUCGGUCAUGAACGAAGCGCUUGCUAUUUAUCGCACUGACGAAAGUUUAGUAGAUUAG